UUCUACCAUCACAAAAAUAUAUUUGUGAAGGAAAAGGAAGCAAAUUUUUCCCAAAUUAAUUUUCCUUUACAUUAUUAAACCUCUUUUGAGCUACAUAAUCUCUAAGCUAGCUUUCAAAUCUUGUCAAGUCCAUUUCUUGAUUUUACAAUUGGAAGGAAAACCCAACUAACCCACAUUUUCAUGAUACUAUUUAACCAUUUUGAGUAUUUUGCAGAUAAAUAUUCAAUUGCUUUGAUAAAUUCUCUGGGAUAUGUAGGGUGAUUUUUAUUGUUCAAUACCAUAAGUGAUCAUAAUGGGUGGUUGUUACUCAAAAGAUACAAAACCCAUUAGGGCACAAAAGAAAUUUCGUUAUCAUUCUACCAAACAUCGUCGAAGGGUAACAAAUUACGUUGCACAAGGAGCCUAUAAACCAACAAGUGAUGUUGAAAGUUAUAUAACUGACAUAACUUUACGCCAGUUUCUCCAUAUGGACACCGGAGAAGGCAAAACAUCUGAUUUUCGACAGCCAGAGGUGUUGAAUACGACAUUCCGCCUCGGGCAGAUGCAAUGGCAUCAAUGUCAAACUAAUCCCAAGGGUAUUAGCCAAGAAGAAGCAUGGUUUGAUUCAGUCAGUAGAAUAGAGUCUGACUCAGAUGAUGAAUUUAGUAGUGUUCAUGAAGGCAAUUUUACCACUAUAGGCAACGGAAAUGAAUAUCCAAAAAAUGUACAAGUUCCUCAGUAUGAAUCCACAACACAUUUUGUUGACAACGGAAAUACAUUUGAAGAAUACCAUGCAAGUUAUUUUAAUACGGAUGGUGAAAUUCAUGAAAAUUUGACUUAUUUAAAAGAGAAAUUUGAGCGUUUAGAGAAGACUCAAGAUAAUUGGACAUUAUUAAAGGCUGGUCUCCCACAAUUGCUGGCUUCUUUGAGCUUCGAUGACAUACAAUUUCCAAAAAAUCAAGGCAACCAAUCUCACAAGAAAAUGCCAUCAACAAUUAGUAUUUCAUUCAAACGUAUAUGUUCCACAGAGAAAGGGGAAGAUAAUAGUGAAUUGAAGAGGUUUUUAUAUCGUCCUAGAGCAGGCUUUACAAUUCCAUGUUCAACAGGACCAAAAUCCGUGUCGGGUUGUUGGUCAGAAGUUUCACCCUCCAAAUUCAAUUUACGUGGAAUCAACUACUUUAAAGAAAAGAAGAAAUCUCCUGCGCCAGAUGCUUGCCCUUAUAAGCCAUUUGGGGUAGACUUGUUUAACUGUCAGAGAAAGAUUAACCAUAUCGCUCAACAUCUUGAACUUCCUUCUACCAAGAUGGAUGGAAAGGUUCCUCCGUUUCUCAUUGUAAACAUACAGGUGCCUACUUAUUCAGCAACCAUGUUUGGGGGUGAUAAUGAUGGGGAGGGAAUGAGCCUUGUUUUGUAUUUCAAGCUCUCUGAAAGCUUUGAGAAGGAUAUCUCUCCUCACUUCCAGGAUUGCCUGAAGAGAUUGAUCGAUGAUGAGAUGGAGAAAGUUAAAGGAUUUUCCAAAGAAAUUUUGGUUCCUUAUAGAGAAAGGCUAAAAAUCAUCGUUGGUUUGGUUAAUCCUGAGGACCUAAGCUUGAAUUCUGCUGAAAGAAAGCUUUUGCAGUCUUACAAUGAAAAGCCUGUUCUUUCACGCCCACAGCACACUUUUUACAAGGGUCAAAAUUACUUUGAGAUAGACUUGGAUAUUCAUCACUUCAGUUAUAUAUCGAGGAAAGGGCUUGAAGCUUUUCGAGAUCAAUUAAAAUAUGGAAUUAUUGACCUUGGCUUAACCAUUCAGGCACAAAAACCUGAAGAGUUGCCAGAGCAAAUGCUUUGUUGUUUACGAUUGAACAAGAUCGACUUUAUCGAUCAUGGCCAAAUACCUAUCUUGAUGCACGUGGAUGAUCAAUCUGGUUGAUAUGGAAACCCAACAAGUUUUAUGUAAAUGUAUAUAGUUUAUAACGAGUGAUAUAACUUUCCAUAUCUUGCAACAUAACAAAGAUUUUAUUCUCUUCACAAUAUAUAAGUAUAUGUGAAAAUUAAGUUAAGAGAACAUGACUUUUGAUCUACAUCCUCGAUUCUAUACGUAAAGAGGAUCAAAUAAAAUGUACAACUUUACACAUCAAAUUUUCUGUGUUUGAUUAUUGUACACAUGUAUCUUGUCAAAUUAACCAUAAAAGC